UUUUUUUUUUUUUUUUUUUUUUUUUUAUCUAGUCGAGAACUAGUCGAUCACCGGUGAACGAUGUUUUUGCGGCGGAAACGGCGCGUAAACGCUCGCGGUUUACGUCACCAAUGACGUUGGCUAUCCAAUAAGUUUUCUCAAUCGCCGAGUCUCCGUCAAUGAGGCCGCCUGUCAUUACGCCUCCUCCUCGUUUUCGAACAAAAACACAACUGGCCUUUAAAAAACGAGGGAAGAGCGGCGUGGAUCGGCAACGCGGAUCACAUGACCGUCUUAUUGACGUAUCGCGCGUUUGGCCGCCGUACAACUGUCAAAUACCGAAGAUGGCCGCUGCCACUCGAGUAUUUUACCGAGUCUCUCGUGCCCGUGCGUACCGACAUGACGAUUUGCCGACAGAGAGCGUAGAAUUUCCCAAGCUGGCGGCGCGUUCCAGCAAAUUUUAAGUAUGAACAUAAUGCGCAAAUUACGAGGGGGCACCAGUGUCGGAGGUAUGGGUUCAAGCAGUACCGGUAGUUUAGACGAUUGUGCGGGAGGUACGAAUCCUCAACACACCGCUCUGGGGCUUAUGCAUCUCAAGAAACUAUUUUCCGAAUACACCCACCCGCCACAUCCUCUCUCUGAUGCCGAACGUGACGACAAAUUGUACAACAUGUUGCCAUUGUUUUGCAAGGUAUUCGGGUCUAGUCCGUCGGGAGAUAUGAAUGAAAAAUUCUGGGACAUUUUGGUAUUCACGCAGCAAGUAUCAAGACUGAUGGUAUCUGAGAUCAGGAGAAGAGCGAGCAACCAGAGCACCGAGACGGCGAGUUGUGCCAUUGUAAAGUUUUUAGAGAUCGAGAACAGCGAAGAGUCGAGCAACGGUUGGAUGUUGUUGUCGGCGUUGAAUCUGCUGGCGGCGGGUGAUACUUCUCUGAUACAAGCCAUGACCGCUGCCUCGGUUCCGUCAACUUUGGUGAAAUGUUUAUAUUUGUUCUUCGAUCUACCCGAGAUGAAUGAGGAAGACGCUGACAUUACAGAUGCCAAUAGUGAAUUCACUCCUAGAGAACGUAGGAUACUAUUACAAAAAAUAUUUGUUCAGUUGUUGGUAAGAUUAUGUAGUCAUCCGUAUCCCGCAGAAGAACUCGCUCGUAAAGAUGAUCUGACCUUAUUAUUCUCAGCAAUAACCAGUUGGUGUCCGCAGUAUAAUAUUAUGUGGCGUAAAAGUGCCGCCGAAGUUUUGAUGACAUUGUCACGACAUGGUCUUACACAGAAUGUAGUUGCCUAUAUUCAUAAUAAAGGAUGCAUAGCACUCUGUAUAGAUAAUAUGCAACGUGUACCUGAGCUGGCACCAUUAGAAGUUGUAGAAAUGUUUGUAACAGUGUUCUGUUUCCUGAAGGAUUCCAGCGACGUUUCCCAAACGUUGCUGGAUGACUUUCGUGCUUGUCAAGGUUAUAUUUUUUUGUCCGAGUUUCUGUUGAAACACGCUCCGUCGAGAUUAGAGCAAGAUAAUAGGGCGGAAGCACAAGAUGCUAUCCGAAACUUGGUCCUAAUGUUAGCAUCACUAACGAUGUGCGGCCAUACAGAGUUAAAACCAAGUCAAGCUAGUAUGGGUUCUUUAUUUCAAAUGCUUGGAUUCACCUUGCCACAGCCCAGCAACAGAGGUGGAAGCGUCAGAAAUAUUCACGCGUUUCAAGUGUUGCAAUCUGUAUUCGUGAAAUCUAAUUCUCCGCUUCUGUGCUGCACCAUACUAGACGCGAUAUCUAGCGUGUAUCACAGUGACAAUGCGAAUUAUUUUAUCCUCGAGGGACAAAACACUUUGUCACAGUUUGCCGAGAAGAUUCAUUUGAAAAAUCCGGAGAUACAAGAGAAAUUCUUUCAGCUGUUGGAAUUCAUAGUUUUCCACCUUAAUUUCGUUCCGUGUAAAGAGCUCAUAUCUCUAUCCAUUUUGCUGAAAACAAACAAUUCAGUUUCUUGCAGUAUUACGUGUAUGGAAACACUUCAAAAUAUACUCAGACACAACACUAUAUUUAAAGAUGUUUAUAGAGAGGUUGGUUUGCUGGAAGUUUUUGUGACUUGUCUUCAUCGGUACGCGACAUUGCUUAAAGAUAAGCAAGCUGCGAUAGAUCAAGGAUUAGAAUACACAAUAUGCCCUGAGGAUGAAAGAUUGGGUGCCUUAGUAAUGGAGGCUUUAACAACGUUAUUAGCGAGUAAUGUUCAAAACGCGAAUGUCUUUAGGGAAUGCGGCGGCGCACGUUGCGCUCAUAAUCUAGUGCCCUAUGUAGAUUGUCGGUAUCAAGCGCUUGGUAUUGUAAGAGAAUUGAUACUCAGCGCGGGUGGCGAUGACGACAUGGCUACGCUGUUGGGAGUUAUGCAUUCGGCACCUCCUAACGCAUUGAUUCUAAAGACACAUAUAUUAAAAUCUUUGCUAGCAUGUUUGCGAGAGUCGCACAGAACAAGGACGGUUUUCCGAAAAGUCGGGGGCUUCGUUUACGUAAUGUCGGUCUUGGUGUCUUUGGAAGGUCAAUUGGGACCGCAAAGACUGGAAAAGAACGAACCGUAUAACGACGCGCAGAGAACUAUGCAGGACGAAAGCCAAUUACUAAUUUUACUACAUAUAGUAUUUUAUACCAUAAGCACCGCCAUGCGAUUUGAACCAGCAAACGCAAAAUUCUUUCAUCACGAGAUCUGCCAAUCGAGUUUGUGUGAUACUUUACGUCUUCUUGGUUGUUUUUCGACACAAACAAAAAUCACCGAGACGGAUACGAUACCAACUAUGAAUUAUCACAACAUGCUGGUGUCAUUAUUUACCGGGAACGUGUUAGAACCGGUAUUUCCGGACGAUAUGCCAAAAACAUUAGGAUACGCCUGUUUGCUGCUGCGUUUGCUUUACGACGUGGCGCUCGAUUCAUUCGACAAACCGAAUUUGGCUAACGUAGGAAUAAGAUCUCCAAGUCAUAAACAAAAUAGUUCGGAGCAAAACAAGUCAUUCGAUUCUCCCGGAAGUGGCAAGAGAUGUAUUAUAAAUUCCUUAAACCUCAGCCCACCCGCACCCGAGCCAAUUGUAGUUCAUCCUGGCAUAGUAGUCGGAAUGCUCCAUUUACUUCCCUCUAUAUCCGAACCGAGCAAUCCGCAAAUGGCACUGGCGUUACAAUUGUACGUGGCGGAGAUCAUCAAGAGCUUGGUGCGAUCAGAGAGAAAUCAGCAAGUGAUGUGUGAAUCCGGUAUGGCUGGAGAAUUGUUAUCUGUGGGUAGAAUCGCUCUGCAAGAUGAGACGCAUCCGCUUCACCAACCUCUGCAAUACAUCAUAGAAAGACUUGCGGCGCAAUCGUUGGAACCGAGAGAUCUAAGAGAAUUUCUACGUUUGGGCGAUCCGUUGUGUUGCAUUUCGUUGGACGAUAUCGAGCCGAACAAGCCUAGGGGAGGACCAGUUCCUCUAACGCGAAUUAAGACAUUGGUGUCGAUGACGACACCCAAAGACUUCAGGGCUCACGGUUCGUGCACUUUACCACCUUUUGUGGAACUAGAUAUGAGCGCUGAGGGAUUUGCGUGUCUGUAUCUACCGAGCGUUGCUCCUCAAAGCACCACACCACCUACCGUUGUGUCUGCAGACAAUAGUGUACUGGGAGGAAUUGGAUCAGGCGAUAGAUUAUUCCCACCACAGACCGGCUUAACAUACAGUACAUGGAUAUGCGUUGACAAAUUUAGCGAUCCUAGAACAGAUCCCCAUUGCGUAAGAUUACUCACUUUAGUGCGUACCCCACAAUCCGCGAGAGAUUUAAUUUGCCUGACUGCUGUUCUUAGCGCUAGAGAUAAAGCUAUCAUCGUCUCCACUCUGGAGACACCGAUUCCGCAAAACACAGGUGAAUGGGAGCCUGACGGAACAGGUGAAUGUGGCGCCCGAGUUUGGUGUCCCGACUUGCUCCAUGAGGGACAAUGGCAUCACAUCGCUAUUGUACUAAAUCGGGCAGUGCUUAAAAACUCCAGCUUCUCCUUAUAUCUAGAUGGACAACAUAUUCACAGUCAGAAGCUUCAUUACAUCACGCAAGUUCCCGGAGGUGGAGCAGCUAACUUAACUAUGGCUUCUCCAGUUUACGGUUACAUCGGCACGCCGCCGUGCUGGCGCAGAUAUUCCAGAUUAACGUGGAAACAAGGACCGUGCCACUUGGUGGAGGAAGUGUUUAAUUCUCAAAACAUUGCGACUUUGUUUAAAUUGGGACCGCAUUACAUGGGAAGCUUGCAAGCUCCGCAAUUAAGUGGACCUGAACCUUUAACAGCUCUCGUGGCUGAGGAAAAAGUCGUGUUCGGACUGAAUGCAAAAGCUAUGUCACAAUUAACCUUAGCUAAAAUUAGAAAAGUUUACAGCCGAGCUGAUAAUAAGUCAAUUGCCAAACAGCUCGGCAUGUCGUCCCACGAGAACGCUACACCCAUCAGAGUUCUUCAUAAUUCCGCUGGACACCUCAGCGGCCCAGCCAGAGCAUUAGGUGGUGUAGUUGUUGGUUACCUUGGCGUUCGUGUGUUUAGUCCUAAACCAGUUGCUACUAUGAUCGACAAUGUAGGAGGAUGUUCAGUGUUAUUAGGUUUAAUAGCUAUGGCCCAAGAUGUAGAAUCUUUGUACGCGGCUGUAAAGGCACUAGUUUGUGUAGUGAGAUCCAACCAAGCGGCCCAACAGGAGAUGGAUCGCAGAAGGGGAUAUCAAACUUUGGCUAUGUUGUUAAGAAGGAAGUGUCCUCUUCUGAACAGCCACAUAUUGCACUUAACGUUCAGUCUCGUGGGGACAGUGGACAGUGGUCGAGAAACCAGUGCAAUUCCUAACGUUGUAGCGUUUAACGACCUUUUGUGUGACCUGCAGGUUUGGCACGAAGCACCUGGAGAAUUGCUUAGAUCUCUCCUCGAACAUUUGUAUGAACUAAUAGCGGAAUCCAGUGAAAAACGGACUAAUUUACGAUUGAUGAGGGAUUUACAAUUAGUGCAUAAAUUAUUGCAUAUUUUAAAUGACGUGAAACUAGGUAGCACCAGACAGAUCCUUCUGGCACUUCUUAGUAUAUUGUUGAGCCAACCACGACAAGCUGACUUAUUGUGGUUCGGACAAUUUAUCGUAGCUACAUUACCGCUAUGUUCGGAAAAACACCUAGUUCUCAGAGAAGGAGAGGGAAGUAAGGACGGAGAGGGAGAAAGUAUACUUUUGCGUAAUCGUUGUUUACAGCUUUUACAUUCAUUGUUGUUUAAUGGAACCAAAGUUAAUGUAAAUAUGUGCGAAGAAGUAGCCAAAGUUUUGGGCCUAGAUUGGAUAUUGUUGUUCCUCCAGUCGGGUCUUCAUAGUACUACUGUUAUCUGGGGCUUACGUAUACUCGUGGCGGUAUGUUCGGUGCAAUCAAUUUUGCAAAAAUUCAAAGAAGGAACGAGCGACGGCGGUUGGCUGCGGCAUACCGAUCACAACAACAUGGCACUAGCACUUGGUUGUCAUCAACAAAUGUCAAUUGGUGACAUCAAACCACCUGGACUUCACGUACCAGGGUUUCAGCAUUUGGGUUGGUUGCUGCCGCAACAUAUCGAUCUCGUUCCGGAACUCUAUUUUCUCUUCAUAGCUCUCAUGAUGGGACAGCCAGUGAAGUUGUUACCCACCGAUUCCAAGCUCGAUUUGGACAACAUUUGGAAUUUCAUGUUCGGAGUACCGGCAAAUCACACGCUGUCGUCCUUCGCUAGUAAAAUCAAUCUUUGUCCCGAGGCAAUGGUCACGUUACUCGCUAUGGUGCGAACCAUGCUGAAUAAUCACUCGAACAAUAGCACAGAAACGUUACCGGCGUGGUUGAAUGAUUAUCCUGUGACAAUAAUACAAUUCCUAUUCUUCCUGUAUCGCAAUUUCACCGAUUUUAUGCAAGUCUUUAUGUCCGCGGAAGUUCUGGGUGCCUUAGCUGGGACCCUGUUUCCGAAACCUGCGAGUUCUAGUCAAGACAGUAGUGGUGCUAGUACCCCAGCUGACGAGCAGGAACCAGUAUUAGUGAGAUCGCCGUCGAAAGACGUUGGACUGACGAAUCAUCCGGCAAAGAAAUUUGUGAUGGACUUUUUUAAAGUGAUCGUUGUCGAUUCGCUUUCGUUACCGGUAACGACAAAGUCGCCGGCGAUUGAUCUCGUCUUGGAAGCGUGGCCGGAACACGCAUCGACAGGACAGCAAACGCGUUAUCAAACGGAAGUGUUGUCUAUACUGAUGGAACAUUUGUUAGCCGCGGAUGUAUUGAUCGGAGAACAGGCUGCGUUGCCUGUCGUUCCCGGUGGAUCGGCCAAUAAUAUAACUACCAACGUGUGCUACGUGGCGGCCAGAAUAGUGGACAAAUUAUGGCAAGGUGCUCUGACGAAAGACCCGCACGAAGUGUUUGACUUUAUUGUGAAGUUGAUUGGCCAAGCGAAAAGGCGAUCAGGUGCCGUUAGCAUGGAAGGUCUUCAUCACUGCCUGAACAGAACAAUUUUAUUCUUAUUGUCACGUGCAACCGAUUCCAUUGCCGAUCAAAUGGCCGUGUUAGAGGCGUUACAUAAGCUUACUACUCAUAGAUUAUUAGUGUUUGGUGCCGGUAAUCACGAAUUGGAUUUCAUCGGUUGUUUAACGUAUUGCCUGUUGCAACUGACGGCUGAUAUAAAAAUCAUGUUGGACACCAACAUGAAAACAACCUGGCACGUUAAUCCGCAAGUGGAAUCCAGCGACGAAAGACUAACAUCUCAUCAGGGACACAAUUUAAUGGUCGUCGCCGCGACGAGAGUCUGGGAGGAGUUGUAUGUUUGUAAGAAGCCCGCGAUAGAGGAGGUUUUCAAAGUGACUCUACCCCCACCUGUGGGCAAUGAACGAGCUCCGGAAUUGUCGGUCGUGAGAGAGCUGGUUCACGAGGCCGCGUCGAAGCAUUGGUUGAAUUACGUGGUUUCGGAAAGAAGAGCAUCGUACAGAGUUCCUUGGGAACUUCACAAUCAAAUCCAGUCGAAAAUUCAGAAAGUGACCGGAGGAUUGACGAGAUUAGCGAGUCGAACGAAAGUGCGAAAGGAAGAGUCUGUACGCGUAAAACUUAGGCUACAUCAAAACACCGUUGCUCGAUGGACGGAGCAGCACGUAGCGCUGGUCAGAGAACUUGCCGCGGUGAGACGUUUGCAGCAUCAACAAACUAAUCUGCACACUCAGCGUUACGUGUAUCAAGAGUGGUUGCAAACCGAGACGGAAUUGACCAGAGAACGCGGCCUGUGGGGACCUCCAACGCCCACUCAGCUUGACAAGUGGAUGUUGGACAUGACCGAAGGGCCGUGCAGAAUGCGAAAGAAGAUGAUGAAGAACGAACUCUUUUAUAUACAUUACCCGUAUCGGCCUGAACUGGAACAUCCCGAUAACAAACAACACAAGUAUAAAGUAGCGACGAGCAUGGAUAGCAAAGAGUACUAUCUAAAGCAGCUUGGCAACUCGUCGGGAAUGUUCGAUCGCGAACGAGAUCCCGUUAUAGACGAAAUGCCGCUUAACGUCAAUGAAACGUCCACCGAGAGCGAGCCACCGAUGGUUCCAUGCACGCUGGAACGUCACGCGAGCGAGCCGGACGAGGCGCCCGAGGAUAACGAACAGGAAGAGGAGACCAACCAAACUGUCCCAGACAAUCAGACUUUAUUACGUCUACUCGAAGAACACGAGAAGAUAAGUCACAUGUUCAGAUGCGCGAGAAUACAAGGUUUGGACACGACCGAGGGUAUACUCCUAUUCGGGAAGGAACAUUUUUAUGUGAUCGACGGGUUUACAUUGUCGAAGUCCAGGGAGAUAAGAGACAUAGAGAGUUUGCCGGAGGCUUACGAGCCGAUCUUACCGUCGCCGGGAUCUCCCAGAAGGUCAAGAGCGAUGAGACAGUGUUCCAAGUUCAAUUAUGAGGAUAUCAGAGAAGUGCACAAGAGACGAUACCUGCUGCAACCCAUGGCGCUCGAGGUGUUCAGCGGGGAUGGUAGGAAUUACUUGUUGGCGUUUCCGCGAAAAGUGAGAAACAAAGUCUAUCAGAGAUUCAUGACGUUCGCCACCGCGAUUGCUGACAACGCGCAGCAGUCCGUGGCUGGUCAGAGACGAACGGCGAAUGUCGAGCAGGCCACUGGUUUACUCUCGAACCUCAUAGGAGAAACAUCGGUGACUCAACGAUGGGUGCGGGGAGAAAUAUCGAAUUUUCAAUACCUGAUGCAUUUGAACACUUUGGCGGGUCGUAGUUACAAUGAUCUCAUGCAAUACCCGAUAUUCCCAUGGAUCUUGGCCGAUUACGACAGCGAAGAACUCGAUCUCACGGAUCCGUUAACGUUCAGAGAUUUUGGCAAACCCAUGGGCGCGCAAAGCCCAGAACGACUGUUGCAAUUUAAGAAAAGAUACAAAGAGUGGGAUGAUCCGCACGGAGAGACUCCUCCUUAUCAUUACGGCACCCACUACUCGUCAGCGAUGAUAGUGUGUUCGUAUCUGGUGAGAAUGGAACCGUUCACGCAACAUUUUCUCAGAUUACAGGGUGGCCAUUUUGACUUAGCCGAUAGAAUGUUCAACAGCGUUAAAGAAGCGUGGCUGUCCGCUUCGAAACACAACAUGGCAGACGUGAAGGAACUCAUUCCGGAGUUUUUUUAUCUCCCGGAAUUUCUCAUCAAUUCAAAUCACUUCGAUUUAGGUUCCAAACAAAGCGGUGUUCAACUCGGUGAUAUCGUUCUUCCACCUUGGGCGAAGCAGGAUCCUCGCGAAUUUAUUCGUGUUCAUAGACUGGCAUUGGAGUGCGAUUACGUGUCGCAGCAUCUUCACCAGUGGAUCGAUUUGAUAUUCGGGUGCAAACAAAACGGACCAGCGGCUGUCGAAGCCGUCAAUGUGUUCCAUCACUUAUUUUACGAGGGCAAUGUCGACAUCUACAACAUCGACGAUCCGUUGAAAAAGAACGCGACCAUCGGUUUUAUCAACAAUUUCGGUCAAAUACCGAAACAAUUGUUCAAGAAGCCGCAUCCAGCGAAGAAAAUGACACAGAGGACCAGCGUUAUAGAUCCUGGACCCAUCACCCCCGGACUGAGCAUCACCACGUCUGACAAAUUGUUCUUCCAUAAUCUCGAUAAUUUAAAACCUUCGCUGCAACCCAUCAAAGAAUUAAAGGGUCCCGUUGGACAGAUAUUGCACGUCGAUAAAGCUGUGCUAGCGGUCGAACAGAACAAGACGCUCAUUCCUCCUUCUUACAACAAGUACGUCGCAUGGGGAUUUGCUGAUCACUCGCUUAGAAUAGGAAACUACGACAGCGAAAAAGCAAUUUUCGUUUGCGAGGCUAUGAUGCAAAGUAGCGGAGAGAUAGUAGCGUGCGUUUGUCCGUCUUCCAAACUGAUAGUUACAGCUGGCACUAGUUCUGUCGUGACUGUUUGGGAAUAUUCCAAGCGGCAACUCUCUAUAAAACAGUGUCUGUACGGACACACCGAUGCGGUCACGUGUUUGUCAUCCAGUCCCGCGUACAACGUCAUCGUGUCUGGAUCGCGAGACGGCACGGCGAUAAUAUGGGACUUGUCCCGUUGCUUGUUCGUGCGCCAACUCAGGGGCCAUGCGGGACCAGUUGCCGCAGUAGCCAUAAAUGAAUUAACGGGUGACAUAGCUACAUGCGCGGCUACGUGGUUACAUGUGUGGAGCAUCAACGGGGAGGAAUUGGCGAGCGUGAACACGUGCGUUGGUCGCGCCGACAGAAUGCAACAAAUACUCUGCGUAGCUUUCAGUCAGACUCACGAAUGGGACUCCCAGAAUGUCAUCAUGACCGGUUCCACCGACGGCGUUGCUCGUAUGUGGUCGAUGGAUUACGUGCAAGUGCCUGCUGAGGAAGAGAAACCCGAAGAAGUGGCGACUGCCAAAGAGAAGAACGAAAAACCGAGCAUCGAAGAAACUCAAACCGAAACGACGAUGAAGAGAGUUAAGGAAUUGGUCAAACAAAUGAGCGUAUCUGCCGAGGGAUCAGGUGUGCUUAUGAAAAGUGGAUCUGAAAGCAGUCUCUCAGAGGCGGAAAAUGCCAAAGAAGCUUCGAGGCUUCACGAGGAAAAGGAGGAGUGUUCCGAUAACGAAUCGAGUAACGGUUCUAACAACAAACCUUCGCCGCAGAAUAAUCACGCGUCCAUGGUCGUACUACGUAGAAAGAGUCGCGGAAAUCCGAUGUUUCGAAAGAGCGAGGGCGGUGGACGCGCCGACAGCGAGGGCACGCAAACCAGCGAGUCUACGAGCAAUCCGGGUGAUUCCGAGGGAGCGCUGAGAGCUAGCAAAAGUGACACCAGUUUGACCGACAGUUUCGUCAUGGUCACCGAAGUCGACACGAAACCGCGAAAGAUAAAUCCGCAAAACAUUUUGCGAGACGGUUUCAAGUGGCAAAGGCAAUUGGUAUUUCGCAGUAAACUAACCAUGCAUACUGCCUACGAUCGUAAGGACAACGCCGAACCUGCAUCUAUAACCGCUUUAGCAGUGUCUAGAGAUCACAGAACAGUGUAUGUGGGUGAUGCGCGUGGUAGAGUAUUUUCAUGGAGUGUGUGCGAACAACCCGGACGCACGGUCGCCGAUCAUUGGCUCAAAGACGAGGGGGCGGACUCCUGCGUCGGUUGUGGCGUCAGAUUCAAUCUAUACGAGAGAAAACAUCAUUGUCGCAACUGUGGACAAGUGUUCUGUUCGAGAUGCAGCCGUUUCGAGUCAAAGAUAUCCAGGCUCGGUAUAUUGAAACCGGUUAGAGUCUGUCAGGGCUGUUAUUCGUCAUUGCGAUCUCAAACUAACAUUGCUGAGAGUAACACUUAAUACAACCAAGCACGAGGUCUUAUAUAUAAAUCGUUAUUAUUUAGAGCAAAUUGUAAAUAAUUUAUGUUUAUUGACGUUUUUAAGUUUAUCAAUUUCUUUUACACGCGUGAGAACAACACAGAGAACGAGAGAACAUUCUUUUUUCUUUGAACGCGCGAGCUAAACGCGCGAUUCGCACCCAGCAUCGUUUACGACAAUGGGAAUUUAACGCAAUCGUGAUAUUAUUUAUAUCUGUAUUGUAAGCAACGAUCGUUGCAUUAAUUUUAUUUAUUGAUAAUUUUAAUAUUGAUUGAUUCUAUCGGAAUGCCAAAGUACGAUUAUCUUUAUCAAAUUUAUAUAAUUAUCGAUUAAACAUAUUUGAUUGUUUCAAGUUAGUCUUAUAUACAUAAGAUAUUGUGGAUAUGCGAGAGAGAGAGAGAAAGAGAGAGAGAGAGGGAGAGAGAGAGAGAGAGAGAAACAC